GCAGAUUUUCUGAAAGGAUUACCCGUCUACAACAAAAGCAACUUCAGCAGAUUCCAUGCGGAUUCUGUUUGUAAAGCAUCAAAUAGAAGGCCAUCGGUAUAUCUUCCCACGAGAGAAUAUCCGUCUGAACAAAUCAUAGUAACAGAAAAGACAAAUAUACUUUUGCGUUAUUUACACCAGCAGUGGGACAAAAAGAAUGCAGCGAAGAAGAGAGAUCAAGAGCAAGUGGAAAUAGAAGGUGAGAAUUCGGCGCCACCACGGAAAAUCGCUCGGACAGACAGCCAGGAUAUGAACGAGGACACUUAAACCCUUGGCUUUCUCCUCUACUACUUUGCAGGCGCUUCCUGUUUUGUCUCAAAGUGUGUAAAUUCUGCCCCUCGCCCCCAUCUCUCACCCCCCACUACGCAGCCCAAACCACUUCUGACUUUAUAGGAGCCAAUGUAUUUAUUUUUGUUUGGUUUUUUUUUUUUUUUCCCCCCCUCUCCAUUUUUUUAUUUAUGCCGUAAACCUUACGGAGCAGUGGUGGAACGAUCCGGUGAAUGAUGUAGUGUAACCUUAGUUCCUCCUUUCUAAAAAUACACACUGUCACUUUCACAGGUUUUUGUUGAAUCUGUUCCCUAAUCAACCAGGUCUGGCUGUGGGAGCCUGGGUAGGAGACGUGGGUUAUCCCAGACCCCAC